AUGGCAGCCUCCCAGCUGGCAGCUCUGGAAGGAGUGGAAUUGGGGGCAGAUGUGCUGACCGAGGCCAGCCCAGCCUUCCUGUACUCCGAGGGCCAGCGGCUGGCGCUCGAAGCCCUGCUGAGCAAGGGCGCGGAGGCAUUCCAAGCCUGCAUACAGCAGGAAGGGCUGCGGCCUUUCCUGAGUGGGGAUGAGGUCAAGGGCUUGGCAGCAGCAGCCCAAGACUGGACAGCCACCGAGCAGGAGCCUGAUGGGGCAGUGGAAGGAAACACCACCACUGAUGGGGACGUAGGCAGCCUUACCUACUGGCCUGGACAAUCAGAAGAGCCAGCACCGGUACUGCGACUGGGCUGGCCAGAGGACACUGCCUGGAAGGGCAUCACCCGGGCACAGCUCUACACCCAGCCCCCCAGCGAGGACCAAUUGCCAAUCAAGGAGCUGGUACACAGGGAAAUCCAAGCUGCCAAAAAGCUGGUGGCUGUGGUCAUGGAUAUUUUCACUGACCCAGACCUGCUUUCGGACUUGGUGGACGCUGCCACACGCCGAUGGGUCCCUGUCUAUGUGCUCCUGGACUGUCAGCAGCUGCCUGCCUUCCUGGCACUGGCCCAACAGCUAGGGGUGAACCCCAGGACCACGGAGAACCUGGACAUCCGCAUUGUGCAGGGCUGUACCUUCCAGAGCCGCUGGCGACGGCAGGUGAGCGGCAGCGUGCGGGAGAAGUUUGUGCUUCUGGAUGGAGACAGGGUCAUCUCAGGGUCCUACAGCUUCACAUGGAGUGAUGCACGCCUGCACCGGGGCCUGGUGACCCUGCUGACCGGGGAAAUCGCUGACGCCUUCAGCCGAGAGUUCCGGAUGCUCUAUGCCACCUCCUGUCCACUCCCACCUGCGCCUGCCCGUGACCCCCUGGUCAGUGUCCUGGGGGACCUGCAGCUGGCCCGCAGCCCACACCACGUGGCCCACCGCUGCCCUGUAGCUCCAGUGUCUCCGCUGCCCCCUGACAGCCCACUGGCCCACCGCCUGGCUGCCUGCCGCAUCUCGGAGAGGGACAGGAGGGAGACACAGACCGCCCCUGGGCCUGCACUCAGUGAUAUCCUCAGGAGCAUUCAGCAUGCCCGGACUGCCAGUGGCCCCCCAACCCGGCCCAGCCGCUCCUUGUGGGACCUCAGUCGCCUGUCCCAGUUGUCAGGCUCCAGUGACGGUGACAACGAGCUCAAGAAGCCGUGGGGCACGAAGGACACCCCUGCCAGGGCCCUGAUGAGGCAGCGGGGCACUGGAGGGGGCCCCUGGGGUGAGGGGGACUCCCGCCCGGUGGCUUGGUUGCAGCCCUGGGGCAGCCCCCUGCCCCUGCCUCCUGCCCGCCGCCGCCUGCGUUAUCUGUCCCCGGUGCAAAGAAGGUUUGGUGAAGACACUGUGUCCAAACUCGGGGAAGCCAGAGGCAUCCCGCAGCCAGACUGGGCAUCUCACUCGGGACUAGGGGGACAACACUGA